AUGGUUUAUAAAUUAAUUAUUUUAAUAAUUGUUAUAAUAAUCAAUGGAACUAUAUCUAUGAUGGUAUUACCAUCAGAUUUAAAUAUUCACUAUGUUGGAAGAAUUGACAAAACUCAAUCCAAUCACUAUUAUUCAUUUUCGUGGUCUGGUUGUCAAAUUAUUGUAAAUAUUACAGGUAUAACAGAAAUUAAAGCAAUUUUAAAUUCAGAGAAACCAAAUUGGUUUGAUGUAUUUAUCAAUGGGCAAUUAAAUAAUGUUUUUAAUGUAACAUUAUCAGCACCACAACAACAAAUAAUAACUAUUGCAAAUAAUUUAAAUAGUAAUGAUAUCUAUCAAAUAAAGAUAUCAAAAAGAACAGAAGCAGAAUUUGGACAAGUUAAUUUUUAUGGUUUCCAAAUAGAUGAUAAUGAUGAAAAUUUCAAACUUUUUACAUAUAAACCAUUAACAAAUCGUAAAUUUGAAUUCAUUGGUGAUAGUAUUGCAACGGGGUAUGGUGAUAUGGGUAAGGCACCUUGUGCAUUCACAGAAUCAACAGAGAAUGUUGAUGUAUCAUUCGUUUCUGAUAUUACAAAUCAAUUACUAGGUGAGAUGAGUGUAAUCGCAUGGGAAGGUAAAGGUGUUGUAAAAAAUUAUGGAUCACCAACACCAAUUUCAAAUCCAAAUGAACCAACAUUACCAGAUCUUUAUCCAUACAUAUUACCAUUAUCAGAUAAUAGUAGUUUUUGGAAUGCCUCUCAAUUCAUACCAGAUGUGUUAGUUAUUAAUUUAGGUUCAAAUGAUUAUACAGAUUUACCAUACCCACCAAAUGAUUACUUUCAAGUUAAAUUUAUUGAAUUUGUAAAAUCAAUCAUUAUAAACUAUAAUAAUCAAAUUCCAAAGAUUUUCUUUAUAUGUGGUGUAAUGGUUAAUGAACAUCCAUGUUGUACAAUUACUGAAGCUGUUUCAAAUGUUUUCAAUGCUACUUAUAUUGAUAUGCCAAAUAUUCAAAAUUCAAGUGAUGACUUUGGUUGUUAUGGCCAUCCAACUAUAAUUGCUCAUGCUCAUAUGGCUUCAAUUGCAAUUCCAAUUAUAAAACAAGUAAUGAAUUGGGAAUAA